GUAUCCUUUGACCUUGCUACGCGCUCGGUAUUGGUAAUAUACCUUCAACUUGCUUCUACUACACUUUGCAUUUUUCUGUAUUUCAUUCUAUCUCUUCUUUUUUUAAUUACAGCAGCAGAGACGAAUUAAAAGAAUCUCGUAUAAUUUAUGUAAAUUUGUUUUAAAGUGGAUCCCCGAAAGAAUUAUUGAAUCUUGGAACCUUUUGUCGGUUGUAAAGUAGUAAUUGGCAAGAUUAGACCCUAGAAAGCUUACUAGUGAAGUUUGUAGAAAAUAAUGUUGCAUCUCUGGAAGAAUCAAAGCCUACAAAGCCAAAAAACCUUUGGACUUGCUUCAAAUCUCCUGAAAGAAAAGGCAUCAUGCUGGUCUUUAGGAUCUACAGCUCUAAAUCUCCGUUGGAGUCAUCAGUACGCGCCUCGACGAGUGAAAUUUAAGAAAGCACAAAAAGGUAGAGUUCCCGUCCCUACUGGCGGGUCUACAAAAGGAACGCAGCUGGAGUGGGGAGAUUAUGGUAUGCGUCUUCAUGAUCGAAGCAUUCGUUUUCGUGCCAAGCAACUCGAAACAGCCGAGCAGGUGAUCAAGAGAAUUUUAAAGCCGAUUAAGAAUGCCUGUAUCUAUACUCGCUUCACCUGCAACAUCCCUGUCUGUGUGAAGGGUAAUGAAACACGUAUGGGAAAAGGAAAAGGAACUUUUGAAUACUGGGCCGCACGUAUACCUAUUGGAAAGGUGGUCUUUGAGGUUGGCGGGGAAGGCAUGCGUGAAGAGUUGGCUCGACAUGCUCUUCGACAAGCUGCUUUCCAUCUUCCUGGAAAAUUCGAGUUGGUUACCAGAGAUUCUCCUAAACGACUUGGCCAUACUUUGCUUAAUAAUACCCAAAAUCAUUCUAUGGAAACCACCAAUUCAAAAGAAGUGGAUUCUAUGUCGACAUAAGUGUUAUAGUCCAUUCAUCCAUCCACCCAGCUCUUGGUUGGUACUUUCUUUUCAUUUUUUUUUCUAACGCUUUUUUACUUUUACAUACAACUUGUCAAUGCAUUGAUUUCUCGUUCUUUGCUUCUGUAUCUAAUUCUCAAGUCUAUGCAUAUGUUGAACAUUGAACACUUAAUUUUGUUAAAAUUUCCCUUUUUUUAAAACACAG